AUGGCAAGUGUGAGCAGUCAGCGACGCGUGUCAACAAGAAGCAUGAACGUGAAUUGGCCAAAUCGGGCCUUGUGCACUCCUGAUCCCGCGGAGAAUUAUUAUCUACCUGUCUUAGAUGAGGAUUGGAACAAUGGGGUAAGCAGGGUUCAACAAUGUUACUGUAUCCAGCUUUUAAUCACAUCACAGACUUAUCCGAAUGCACCCCCCUACACUGUCUCGUCCCCAUGCGCCGAGAAAAUGGGCAAGUUCGCGCGCCUAGCGCAGGCUGCACACUUGCUGAGCAGGGUUCUUCGACAUGUCUCCGAUACAGAGAUAAGCAGACACUUCUUGAGAGAAGAAGGAGACAUUCUUGACCGUGCCAUUCGAUCCUUCUUAUCAUUAACCGUCUCAGAAGAGGAACUAUGUGGAGUAGCGUAUUGCUCUCCCGUAGCCGUCUUGGGCAGGCACGAGGUGCCAUCGCAUGCUGCAGGAGAAGAUCGCUCUCUGACAGCCAUGGAAAGAACAGCUGAAGUGAUUUUACCUAUUGCACAUCGACUGCUUCCCAUCCCCACUCGUGAUGGACUGGCUGUACCAGUCUGCGGUCAUAUUUACUAA